AGAUGGAGUGAAAGGUUUCAGAAUCUGGUCUCCAGCAGAAAAGAGGGUUAUUAUGAGCAGGAACGUUGUCUUUGAUGAAAGUUCUCUGCUUAGAACCAUUGUGAAGCCUACAACUACGUGCUUAUUUGUAUAACAAUGAUGCUUGCCCAUAUAUAGUGAUAGUGACUUCUACAACAGUGAAGGAAUUUCGUGGUGAUUGUUACCGAUUUAGUUGUACUUACUAGCAAUUUAACUCCAAGCGUUUUGAAGAAAUGACAUGCUUUCAUUUUUAACCCAUACAUUGAUAAUAGGUGAGGUUAGCUUCUCCACCACCUAUGCAAGCAAAAUAUAUGUGAAUCUUGAUAUAGAUUACAUAAGAUCUUUGGCUCCAAAAUUUUCCACCAUGUCUACAGUAGUUCAAAUUAUAAAAAGCUCUAAUGUUAACAGUCUUCCUCGUAAGGAAGAGAUGUUUUUGAACCGUAUGGACAUUAAGGAGUUGUUGGAGGCUGAGUGGAGCUCUGAACUACAGGAAUACAUUGUUACGGUGAAGAGCAAGGUAAUAGAAAUACAUAACUAUUUAUGUUGUUACUACAUUUCAUGCAAUGUGUGCUCGAAGAAGAUUGAACCAACAAAUAGUAUUUAUCGAUGCCACAAUUGCAAUAAAGAUUGCAAAUUUCCUUUGGUCAGGUACAAGAUACACCAAAAAGUGACAGAUAGGACCGGAGACACUACUUUUAUCUUAUUUAAUGCGGUGGCUGAGAAACUCCUUGAUACAUUAGCUCACAAGUUAUUCAACAAGCUUACUACAGCUAACAAUGAUGUGCCUGUCCGAGUCCAAAGCCAUUGCGGAAAAGAAUUUGUUUUUAAACUGAGAUUAAAUCACUAUAAUUUGAAAGAAGGUCUUGAGAAUUUUACAAUAUCAAAGCUUUGGAUUCCAGAUGAUAAUUUGGAAGUACAAUACAAACUAAUGAAAGAAGAAAAGGGGAAGAACUUAUCCAAAAAUGAAACGAACCCAAAAGAUCAGCAUACGCGCUUCAGACUCAGUAAUAGACUUCUGCAUCCACGGCUGGAUAUGAUGCAGAAGGGUGGCCAUUUGUGCCUCCAGUUUUUAGACCCUAGCAAGCGGGGCCGGUAACGGUAGAGGGGCUGUGCGA